GAGGGAAGGGCAGAGAGAGAGAGAGAGAGAGAGAUGGCUCGACCGAGGCCGAGAGACUACAAGGCUGGCGAUCUGGUCUUUGCCAAGAUGAAGGGCUACCCGCACUGGCCGGCGAGGAUCGAUGAGCUCCCAGAGGGAGCUGUGAAACCACCAGCAAAUAAAUACCCUAUUUUCUUCUUUGGAACUCAUGAGACUGCCUUUCUGGGACCAAAAGACCUUUUACCUUACAAAGAAUAUAAAGAUAAAUUUGGAAAGUCUAACAAGCGAAAAGGUUUCAACGAAGGUCUGUGGGAGAUCGAAAAUAAUCCUGGCGUCAAGUUCACAGGAUAUCAGGCAAUACAGCAACAGAGCUCUUCAGAGACAGAAGGAGAAGGAGGGAAUACAGCAGAUGCCAGUAGUGAAGGCGAAGGGGGUGAGAUAAUAGAUGAGGAGGGAAAAGCUAAAAGCAGAAAUGAAAAAGCAGGCUCCAAGCGAAAAAAAGCUACUUUCAAGAAAUCUGCAAAGCAGUCGCGAAAAUCCUCUGAUCAGGAAGGCAAAGACGAGGGUGAUAAGGACAUCAAGGAGGAGGAAAGCAAGAGUGGUUCAGAAGCAGGAGAGGCAGAUGGUGAUACAAAAAACACUGCUGAGCAUCAGAAAAUGAAUGAAGAGACUUCUAUCAUCUGAAUCCUGGCCACUAAACAUGGAGGGAGCACUUCUUGGCUGUCAAGUAUUGGAUAUUUUACAUACAUUCCUUCUACCACCGUCGACAUCAAUUUGCAGUUUGUGCAAGCUUUUCCUCAUCGUGCUGAUUAUAGUUUAGCGCACAUGCCAGUCAGUAAAAACAAAAAAAAGUCUUUUAUUUUAUAUUCCCUCCCUUGCGGAAUGUUGUAAGCAACGUUCCACCCACAUUUUACAGUACUUCAUUCUUAUAAUCGCCUUGCUGUUCUAUUAUUGAGAAAGGAUAUGAUAUUUAUUUUUGAUGCUUGCUUUAAAUGUGAAAAAAUAACUUUUCUUCUUGUACUCAGCUCAGUUUCAUUCUCCCCUGUGCCAUCUGUUCUAUGGAAUUUUUUAAGCAUUUAUUUAGUAUCUUUACACAAAAAAUGUCUGUUCUACUGCUGUUCAGCAAUGACUGCCUAGUAGAAUAAAAUUUAUGGAAUGCA